CGCGGAGCAGGCCCUGUAAAUCCCAGAUCCGGCAGGGACUGUCACACAUGGGAUUUAACUUUCAGCCACAGUCAGUGUCUGUCCAGCCACCGACGUCCGGUGGCGAGAGGGAGACGGAGUGAAACGUGUGGUUCAUUCGAGAAGGGUGACCGAGGUAUUUGGUUUUGGCCUUUUUUAAAGGACGGCUCAGACAGUUCUCGCCGUUUGCAGUCAUGGGUAAAGUGGGAAGCAAAGUGCUGCGGGAGAUCUGCGCGGACGGACCGCAGUUGCAGCAAGGCCCAGCUGGACCAGUGAGACACCUGACCACCACUGGAAGGAUGAAGGUGAAGUGGACGCAGCUGGGACUCAUAUUCUUCAUGCUGCUUUCCCUCAUCAUGACCGGUUGCUUCUUCUGGCAAUACCAGCUACCGAAAUUGGAACCAGAUGAACGCACAGGAAGCAGUACCAAGGCAGAGAGAAUGUGCCCACGCUUCCCGGAGCCCGUGCCUUUGCAGCAUCCCAUCACAAGCCUGAAGGUGGCGCUGGAGAAGGUGGACUCUGUCUUUAGGCAUAUUGUCAACCCUUUGAGUCUCCCGGCUCUGUCGGCCAUUGUCAUCUUCAACCACACGGUGCUCUGGAUAGGAAAUUUUGGCAAGAGGAAUGGGAGUGACCCUCUGUCCACCCCUCCGAAUGAGUAUACGGAAUACAGGAUAGCCAGCCUGUCUAAGAUUUUCCCGACGCUGAUGCUCUACAAGUUGUGGGAAGAGGGCAAGGUUGGGUCCCUAGACGACUCACUGGAGAAAUAUGUGGAAAACUUCACCAUAAAGAACCCCUUGGGGAAGACCCAGGAUACAGAGCUGAAGUAUGUGACAGAUGGCCUGAUCUUCCUAGACAGCGGAGAGGCUCAUAUCCGGUCCUCCCCUGUCACCCUCCGCAGGAUGGCCAGUCAACUUUCUGGAUUACCCAGAAGGCUCAGGUCUACCAACCUGUUGUGGAAGGGAAAGACGCAGGCAGCUAUCAAUCUGUUGCAAGAUGAUGUUCUCAUUGCAGACCCAGGGACAAAGUGCCACUAUAGUAAUUUAGCAUUUUCUUUGCUGGCUCACGUGUUGGCAGAGAAGGUGGCUGGGCUUGACUACCAGCGCUGGGUGUCCCACAACAUCCUGGAUCGCCUAGGUAUGGAGAACACAGGCUUUGACAUCACCCCUGGUGUCCAGAGCAAGAUGGCUGUAGGUGUGUAUACCAGUGGGCAACCAGCACCCUUGUAUGACCUGGGCUGGUACCGGCCAUCGGGGCAGAUGUUCUCCACGACUGCAGAUAUGGCCAGGCUGGCCAUGGUGCUGCUCGGGGCCUACCAUCAGAAGCUUCUUGACCACGAUACACUGAAGGUCAUGCUGACGCCCCUAUUCCGCUGUGAGAAGGGUUACUUCGCCAACCGCACAGGCACUCCCUGGGAGGUGAACGAGCAGCUCGGGUAUGAGGUCUUACGUAAGGACGGUGACCUGGAUGGCUACUCUGCCACAUUCUCCCUGGUGCCCCGACUGAAACUGGGCCUGGUGGUCCUUAUGGCUGGGUCCCGGCCCCACGAUGAGGACAUGGUGGCCAAAGCCUACAGCCACAUCAUCCCUGCCAUGGAGGGGGCUUUCAGAGAUGCCAUACACGUUCUGACCCCACCUCCCAACCCAUCGCCUUAUGUAGGAUUCUUCACCUACAGAAACAUCACCUUCUACGAGAUCAGAGCUGGUUCGGACGGAGUCCUCGUCAUGCACCAGUUCGGCCCUCAAAUCGAGGAGCUCAUCCCGGAAAGGUACAGGACGAUAAGGCUGCAUUACCUGAUGGACAGAGUCUUCAGGGUGGCAUUUGAGAAAGAAUACCCCUGUGUCUUAAGGCUCAGCUCUGCCGCUGUUUCCUUAGAAGCUCAGGAUGGGCAGCUUUUCAAUUUCUACGUCUUUGACAAGAACGGCACCUCUUUGGGUUUCGACGCCCCAGGCCUAAACACCUACAAUGUGCUCCGCAUUUCCCACAGGCCAGUGUUUGCUAAUUAAUGUCUCUGAGGAUAGAAAUAGUGAACAAACAAGCGAGGGACAUUGUCCCAUCAACGUGGAUGUCUUCAUGACUGGCUAAUCGAACAAUCCCUCCAAAUAACUGGGCCUGGAAACGUGGGCGAGAAAGCAGAGUUAUGCUAUAGCAACAGAACUGCAUAAUUUAGAGAUUCUGCGAAGAGAGAUAUGGCAACAGUGUAUUCCGAGACACUUAGACAAUAGAAUAAGGUCUGAAAGAUUUUCAAGAAAAAAGCCCAUAUAAAAUGUCACGCCCUUUCCUUGGUAUUGUAUUGUACCCGAAGAGGACUCAAAGUGCAUGACAUACACAGGAUCGCUGUACUCAUAAGGGAGACGCUAGUGGAAUCUGGGACAGUCCUACCAGGGAGAACUUCACUUCAAUUGGAUCGUUCUGAAUUUACCUGUAUAGCUUGAAGAAAGAGGCAGCUUAUCCCCAAAGUGUCUGUUCGGAGAAGAGGUCGAGAUAGUAAUAGAGUGACAGCUCUUUAGCCAUUUCUGUCUGGGGUAAUGAUUUUGAAGAAUGGAAUUACUAUAUUUAAUUAGUUUCACUUAUCCCAUGUUUUCAGAUGUUCGUAUAAAUUUGAAGAUUCUCUUAUGCUUUGCUUUGAAGCUGGUUUGGUUCCCUACUUGUCCCCAAGUCCCGUACCAGUAACGGUUUUAAAAAAGCUUUUCCCAAAUCUGUUGCUUGUUGCUAAGUCACUGUGUCUUUGUGGUAGUUACUGCAACACUUAAGCAUUCUUAUACAGGUGUUAAAAAUGUCUGACUCAACUUGCUUAUAGGAUUUUUUUCCCCUCCAAAUAGUAUGUACUGAUGUGUCAAAUAUUUUGUCUGAUUGGUUCUCUCAAGUACGUCUGUCUACCGUCUUUCCAGUGGUGGCCACACCUGCAUUAUUAAUGUCAUCUGAUCCGAACCAACUGCAUCUCAACAGUGUGACCAAAUAGUGACUUUUCCAUUGAAAAACCCUGUCUGCUAUUUUAUCUUUAGCAUUAAACUCCUAAGGCUAAAAUUAUAAAAGCUAACAGAAGGAACUUUAAAAGCAGUCUAACAUGGUGUGAUUUUCUUUUGCCUGAAUUGUUCCUUUUUGCUAAACAGUUCUAGUUAU